AUGACUUUCUAUUCCAUCGUUGUUUGCGUGGCUCAUGUUCAGAUCGUGGCCAAAAUGGUGCCGAUAAUUUGCAAUCGCGAGGAAUUGACGAGUAUUAUUGAUUGGUUUCAAGAAUUUUACACUCUCAAUGAAAUUGACGGCAAAGUAAAGGCGAUUUUCAAGACAGGAUUGAGUGAAACCUUGAGAAUUGUUGAAUUAUGCCUCAAAUUUCCAUUUACUGCUGAGUAUCAAGCUGAAGUUCACUUUGUAUUGCUGCUGAUUUAUCAAUCAGUGUGUAUCUUCUUCAACACCUUCCUUGUUGUCAUUGAAGAUUCCCUUUUUGCCACCAUCGGAAUCCACUUCAUGGGACUGCUGAACAUCCUUUGCGACCUCAUUCGACUGCUGGAUGACUCUUCUGAGGAUUACUCUGACUUGCUUAGGAGAAUUCAACGCCUCCAUUCAGACAUUAUCAAUCACAAUCGCAUUUUUAACAAUUUGCUAUUCCAUGUCUUGCUUGUUCAGCUCUGCUCCAGCAUCUUCAUCAUCUUCAUGACCUUCUCCGCCAUUCGCUUCAACACUGUUGACGUUGUUUCCUACUUUCUGGGAGCAUCCGGUGUUAUUCAGCUUCUCCUCCUCUGCUUGUUCGGAGAACUCAUCUUCAUGCGCUACAAAGAUGUCGAGCAAUGCCUCCAAUUGACCAAUUGGUAUAAUUUCUCCAUUGCGGACCAGAAGAACUACAUUCAGAUCAUGAGAAUGGCUCAGAAAUCUUAUGGUCUGAAGGCAGGUGGAAUGUACGACAUCUCAAUGUCAACGUUUAUCGAGAUAAUGAAAAUGACCAUUUCGUACUGUGCCAUCAUCUUUGCGCUCAUCGAAUAA